AUGUCACUGUGAUCGUGUGCCCCUAGCGUUCGCUUAGAACAAUCCUGUUUGGAGCAGGUUUGUGAAAGCUCUGGAAAGUCCCGUAGACGGAAAUCCCCGCAGUCUGGGUUUUUUCCUGACCACAUAAAAAAACCUUGGUACACAAAGUGAAUCGCAUUGGGUAGCUACAUACAGACACGCACACACGCACAGCGAGCUAAAAGCCUAACGUUAACGUUACCGAACACGAUGGAGUGGUUCGGAUUGUGAAGCCUUAAUGGCGGUCUGCAUCGAUUUGGUUAUUCUGGCUAAAGGGACAGCAGGAUCGCCUGGCCAUCGCUGAGGGACUGUUGUUGAUACCGACAUAUUUUACAGUUUCUACUGGUUCUCCUACCCUCCGGUACACAGGAUGUCCCAGGGGCACAACUUCCUGCCCAAGUUCUUGUUUGUGAGCAACCUUCUGAAGGCCAUGAAGAUCCGGGAGCAGGUGCCAAACGAUGUGGUGAAGCCGACCAGCAGCUGCGGCGUCAUCCACCACCUGCGCACGCUGCACCGGCACACCGUGGAGAUGCUGCCCACCGGGCACUUCCCCCUGGCCUUCUGCCAGCUGGUCCAGGGCGUCCUGCUGGACCGGGCCAUGCAGACUGCCCUGGAGCAGGAGAAGAAGCUCAACUGGUGCCACGAGGUGAAGAAUCUGGUGCCGCUGCGGACCAAUGGUGACGGCAACUGCCUGCUGCAUGCGGCGUCGCAGUACAUGCUCGGGGUGCAGGACACAGACCUGGUCCUGCGCAAGGCGCUAUAUGGAGCCCUGAAGGACACGGACACGCGCAACUUCCGCAUGCGUUUCCAGACGCAACUGCUGCAGUCACAGGAAUUCACACAAACGGGGCUGCGGUACAACACACUAAACUGGGAGGAGGAGUGGGAGAAGGUGGUGAAGAUGGCGUCUCUGGGCUCCAGCCGCAGCGGCCUGCAGUACGACUCGCUCGAGGACAUUCACAUCUUCAUCCUUUCCAACAUCCUCCGAAGGCCCAUCAUCGUCAUCGCCGAUGAGGUCCUGAGGAGCAUGGAGUCUGGGUCCUCUCUCUCCCCCCUCAGUGUGGGGGGCAUCUACCUCCCUCUGCACUGGCCCCCCAGGGAGUGCUACAAGUAUCCCAUAGUGCUCGGCUACCACUCUCAACACUUCGCUCCCCUCCUGACCGUCAGAGACAGCGGCCCAGAGGUCCGAGCCGUGCCAUUGGCCAGCCCAGGAAGGGGCGGUUUUGAGGAGCUGAAGGUCCACUUCCUGCUGGAGAAGGAGCAGCAGCAGAGCAGGAGGCUGAUUGGUGAUUACCUGGCCCUGACCGAGAUAUCUGUGAGCGGACUCGGGCUCAACACCGAGGUCGUCCACGCAGCCAGGUUGGAUGAAGGGAACCUUCCGGAAGACAUGGAUCUGAUGGAGGACUACCUGCAGCUGGUCAACCACGAGUACAAGCGCUGGGAAGAGGACAGGGAGCCCACCUGGGAGCCCCGCCCCCAGCGGCCGCCGCCCUUCUCCGUCUCCCAGCUGUCCCUAGUGGAGAUCCGCUGCGCCACGCCCAGGUGCUCCUACUACGUCUCCGUGGAUACGCAGCCCCACUGUCACGAGUGCUUUGAGAGGAGGCGAGCGGGCGAGCAGGGCGGGGCGUACACGGAGGCGGAGCCCGGGGCGAAGCCGAUGCCCCCGGGCUCCACCCUCCUGCCCAGCCCUCGCUCGGCCCCGCCCACGGCCCCCAGCCUCAGCCUGUACAGCGAGACUCACGCCAUGAAGUGCAAGACGGCGGGCUGCCUGUUCACGCUCCGCGUGGAGCGGGAGGGGCUGUGCGAACGCUGCUACGCCGCGCGCCAGAGCGGCCUCCCUCUCCCGCUGCCCCGAGCCCCCCAGGACCUGCCCCCCCACGGCUGGGCCCAGCGCUGCUCUCUCUGCCAGCAGGAGGCGCUAAGGACGUUUAACGGGCUCUGUCCCUCCUGCCUCCAGUGGAGCUCCAGGGAGAGGUCGGGGCCCGCCUCCGAGCCCGUCCACACGCGGGGGGACUCCAGCCUCUCCGCCCUCCACCGCCAGAGCUGCACGGGACAGCCCUGCAAGAGGGCGGGCUGCCAGUACUACGGGACACCUGAGAAGCUGGGCUUCUGCACCAUCUGCUACGUGGACUACCAGACCAACCACCGGCCGGACCCCGUGGUGUCGCAGCGCAUGGUCCCCUCGUCGGGUGCGAGCCGCACGGAGGCGGGCUUCCACAGCGGCCCCCGGUGCCUGGGAGCAGGCUGCAACUCGCAGGGCCUGCCCAUGUACGAGGGCUACUGCAGCCGCUGCUUCGUGCGGGAGCAGGCCGUGCGGCUGAACCGAGCCGGGCCCCGGGCCCCCAGGGGCCACCAGUCCCCUCCUCCGCGGGCUGCGCAGCCGAGGCAGACGCAGACGCAGACCCAAACGCAGACACAGACGCAGACGCAGACCAGGCUGCAGUGCAGCCGCGGCAGCUGUAAGAACGCGUCGCCCGGCUGCUUGGAGCUGUGUGCGGAGUGUCAGGCCAGGGGCCCCAGGGAGGGCCGCAGGACUCAGGCACCCAAAGACGGGCCCAAACAGAGCUGCAGGACCCAGGGCUGCGACCACUACGCCAACCAGGACAAGCACGGCUACUGCAACGAAUGUGACCACUUUAAGCAGGUCUACAGAGCGUGAUCUGAGGGGCGGGGCAUGGAGGAGGCACAGUACACGCACAUCCCACACACAUCCUACACUCAUCCACACACAUCCUACACUCAUCCACACUCAUCCACACACAUCCCACACACAUCCUACACUCAUCCACACACAUCCCAAACACAUCCUACACUCAUCCACGCACAUCCCAAACACAUCCUACACUCAUCCACACACAUCCCAAACACAUCCUACACUCAUCCACAUACAUCCCAAACACAUCCUACACUCAUCCACGCACAUCCCAAACACAUCCUACACUAAUCCACACACAUCCAUGCACGCAUCCUACGCACAUCCCACACUGCGCAACCACAUUCCAACACCCACAUUCAAACAAUGCACCUAAAAUGCAAAAGCGCAGAAGCACUUCUCUUUUCCCCAGUGAAAUUUGAUUGGCUGUUAACUAGAAAGACCCAAAGAAUGGGUUUGGUGGAAGGCAAGGAAGGUUCGAAAUGAGCGGCUGGUUGUGGUGCAGAGGUGUUGAGGUGUGUAUGUGUGUGAGUGACGGUUUGGGAAGUACUGUCUCAGUAAAGUAAACACUUAACACAGCUGCUGGGAUCCUUGUUCACUUCUGGACCAAGUAUUGCUGAUUUAAUGCUGAGCUAAAUAACAACAGCCAGCAGUUUUAGUUUCAUUCCUUUUACCUGACUCUGUCUAAUGGGGUUGCACAGCCCAAGUGCCUUUGCGCACUUCCUGUGAAAACAAUGAAAAACAAAAUAAAAACCACACACAGUCUCUCUCAAACACAAACACACAUACACACACACAAACACGCACAUUCAUUAUAACUUACGUCUGUUACUGAAAACUAAAUGACCUGAUCUCUGAUACAAGUAAAAUGAUUUAAUGUAAAGUGGAUGUUAAAGCUGGGUAGUACUGAGCAUGCACUUUAAGGCAAUGCUACCAGAUUAGAUGCCAUUAAGUAAAAAUUCAGCUGCUGAUUUUUUAAAAGCGGUUGAGAACAGUUUCCAGUUUUAAGGAUCAGUCUCUGCAUUCUCCUUGUGCAGCUCACUGAUCACUGCUGUCAGAGAUGGUCUGUUUGGGGUCCAGAUGUAGUUGGUGUAAGGCUGUGUUUUUUUGUUUUUUUACAUUGGCCAAAUUUUCAUCUAAGCGCAGUAAGAAAAUGUGCUUUAAGAGCUUUCAGAAGCCUGUUUCCUGCCGAAGCUCGCUGCCAGCCCUGGCAGUGCCGCCUGUAAGCCCGUAGUUUUCAUCUUCUCGUGGAAGUAGCGUUUACGUUCCAAGAGUGUCGCAGGCGCAGACGUAGAAAUGAGCAUCAUUAGGAGAUGGCAGCCGGCCGUGUCCACAGGACUGAUCCUAACAGGGAGAGCCAGCGCCAGGGAGAGCCACUGCUCCUCCUGCAUCUCGCUGGAAACUUAGAAAGUGCUUACAGGGCCUGGCACAGCUAGCACGUUUUUUAUAGGCUUAGAACUGCAAUUAAUCUCAUCACCAUAAAAAUCAUAAUCGCCCUGUAGGGAAUUGCCCACAUCAGAAUGCGUGUGAAACUCCCUUUGACUGAAAGCAACCCUCGGUGAAAUCCCCUCAGCAUAGAACAGCCGCGAGAGAGCCGCACCGUCGGAACGUAAACACUCCUGAGCGAGGGCCACGCCCCUUUCUGCACCUCCCGCUGUGCCUCCUCCUCCACCUCCUCCUGCAGCCGGCCUCGGUACCCGCUCCUCUGCACAGUGCCUGUGUUUCGCGCGACGCUUUUUUCCGCAGUUGCACAAACUGAACUGGUUUUGUAAUUCUGUGUUUUUGUGAUUAUUCAUUAUUUGAUGUCGCAGUAACUGCCAAAAAAAACAAAAAAAAAAAAAUCAACGGAGAUAACUGUCCAUUUGUGAGUCGUCAUGGCGAAAUUGAAAAAACAUUACCUGUAAAAUCUGUAUCUCCUGAACACUGAUUAUGUUGUUGAAAUGUUUCUAGUUUUGUCUUAUUUACAAGAACAAACGUGGAUAAACAAACCUGUGCUUUUGCCAAAGUGAACACACAGAAAGGCAGUUGUCUGUCUCAUAAGGAGAUAUUUAAGAUAUUCACACUUAUGGCUUUGAUCUCCACUCAGAGUCACAGUCUUAAUAUUGCACAAUACUUUAAUAAGCUGUUGUGGUGUACAUGAUGGUAAACCUGGAACAUUCCAGGGAAGAACAUUCAUUAACCUUCAAAUUCUGAAACUUUUUUUUCCCUUGUUUAACAGUGUAUAAUUAAAUCUGUAUUUGUUAAGUAUUUAUUCAUUUUAAAAAUGAUCAGUUCUGUGUCUCAAUAAUUUAUACAUUGUCUUGAAAAUAAAUUAUUUUUAAUAAUA